AUGAGCAUGGAGAAAUUCAAGCACUUCCUCUCAGGAAGAAAGCAAGAUGUCACGUCCUCGCCGCCAUAUCUCCUAUCAAUCAGGUCCUCCAAAAGCUUCAUAUUAAUAACCAUCUGCAUUGCGGUCUUCACCGAUGUAUUUCUAUAUGGAAUCAUAGUGCCCGUCAUUCCAUUCGCCUUGGCAUCACGAGCUUCAGUUCCGCAGUCUUCAGUUCAAUCAUACGUAUCGAUUCUACUCGCCGUAUAUGGAGCGGCACUGUUGGUGGCAUCUCCUUUAGCAGGGUGGUAUGCAGACAGGUCAUCGUCUAGGCGACUGCCUUUGCUAAUAGGGUUGCUUGCGUUAGCUGGUGCAACAUUGAUUCUGUGCUUGGCUCGAACAAUUGCUUUGCUUAUUCUCGGCCGUAUCCUUCAGGGCAUCAGUGCAGCUAUUGUGUGGACUGUUGGUCAAGCCCUACUUGUAGAUACUGUAGGCCAGAAAGACAUAGGCCAAAUCUUGGGCUAUGUCAGUAUCAGUAUGAGCGUUGGUAUUUUGCUUGCUCCAUUGCUAGGCGGCAUAGUAUAUGAGCGAGCAGGAUACUAUCCGGUCUUCUACAUGGCAUUUGGGCUCAUUGCCCUAGAUGUUCUGCUCCGAAUGGUGUUGAUCGAGAAGAAAAUUGCGCGGCAAUGGUUAAAGGACGAGGUUUCUAAUUGUGAAACUGCAACGAGCCCAGUUGACCUCUGCCAAGACGGGGAGAAGCUUGUGACUGCCUUUACAAACCAACACCAAAGUUCUCAACACACCGAGAAGAUAGGAGAGGGUAAGCUGGAUCUCUCCAAUAAUGCCAUUAUUGGAGGGGAAUUGACGUCAAAGGACAUCGGUCCCGAUGUUGUCGAGCAGGCGGCUGCCUUAGGGUGGACAAAUCCCGACGAUCGCAAGAUCCCUGAGACUCAAAUAACUCCCACAACAACAAGGAAAUCAACAAAAUGGCCACCAGUGUUUACUCUCUUGAAGUCCCGGCGUCUACUGACGCCACUCUGGGGUUGGAUUGUUCAAGGGUCGCAAAUGACGGCUUUCGAUUCCGUCAUACCGCUUUACGUUCAGCACACAUUCGGGUGGAACUCAACAGGCGCAGGUCUGGUCUUCCUGGCCAUCAUGAUACCAGGCUUUGCGGCUCCGCUCGUUGGUUGGGCGUCUGACAAGUACGGACCACGAUGGCUGACAGUCAGCGGAUUCAUGCUUGCAGUUCCGUUCUGGGUGCUGUUACGUCUCGUCACACAUGACAGCCUCGGACAGAAAGUGCUGUUGUGCGCACUCCUCUUUCUAAUCGGUAUCACGCUGACGUUGGUGAACGCCCCUCUCAUGGCGGAAAUCACUUAUGUCAUAGAGGCCAAGGAGAGGGAGAGACCAGGGAGGUUUGGUCCGAGUGGCGCUUAUGCUCAAGCUUACGGUCUAUUCGUCACAGCAUUUGCGGCGGGUUCGUUGAUAGGACCGCUGUGGUCUGGCUAUGUGGUUGAGUCUGCGGGCUGGGGGACGAUGGCUUGGUCACUUGGGCUCUUUGGUGUGUCUGGGGCGAUCCCGUGCCUUAUAUGGACUGGAGGCUUGAUUACAGAGGUCAAUGCCAAGAGUGGUGAAGAGCGAGCGAUAGGGAAAGGAGCCUUGGGAAAUUUGAAUGCGGCUCUGCGAGCUGAAAAUGAUGUCGUGUGA